AUGAAUAUUUUGGCAAUUGUAGAAGAUACACAUGGAAUUCUCAUUAAGCCUGCAUGUUUCAGUAUAAUUUUAGUAUUUUUAUACUUUGUCAUAUACAAGUCCAGCUCGUUAAACAAAAUGUACAGAGAUAAUAAAAGGGCUAAAGAUCUCCUCUCAUAUGAAAGAGCAGAGACAUACUAUUACACAAUAAAAACACCUGAAAAUAUUCUUAAUAAUUCUGAAAUACAAGAAAAUGAGUUAUUCAUGGGAUUAUUAACCGAAAUAAAAGAUAAAAUAAAAAUGAACAGGAUAGAAAUAAUAUCAUAUAAUGAUUUAAAAACACUAGAGAAACAAGUCAGUAAACACGGCAGGUACAUAUACGAACACUCACGCAAGGGGGGAAUGGCAGAUAAAUAUUAUGAAUUUCACCAAGAGUUCAUGCAAGAUUACUUAUUCAAUGUACAUAGUCAAAUAGAAAAAGGAAAGUUAAAAGAUUUGAAAUCCCAUAGCUGCAUAAAAAAGAACAUUUCCAUAAUAUCAGAAAAUUUAAAUGAUGCAAGAAUACCAAAAAAUGUAAAAGGAAAUUAUAAAGGCUUUAUAGAUGAUCAAUUAACCCUAUUAAAGUGUAUUUCGUAUGACUGUAAGGAUGAAAUAGAUAUUUGUAAAAAGAAAAAAAUAAUUGGAAGGAUUGAAGGAAAUAUUAUUUUUAUAGAAUUAUUUAGAACACUUCCAGUAGUUCCUGCUAAUGAGUCUUCUGAGUUUAAAAAUAGAAUUUUUAGAAUUCAUAUGAAUAACUACCUAGAUACACUUAGCAGCAAAUGGCAGAUAAUAUUUGGAUCGUCAAUCACAUGCACAGCAGAUUAAAUUUAUAUACUUCAUUAUAAUUGGGUUUAUUGGAUAAAAUGUUUGUACCAUUUAUUGUAAAAUCUAUUUAUUUAUAGUUUAGGUUUAUGUGCAGGGAGAGAAUUACAUUAAAAUUUAAAUUAGCACUAAUUAUUAGAAAAUAUUGAAUUUCGGGUUAUGGAAAUUAAGUAAAAUACUCUAAAUGUGUCAGUCAUUGUAUAGAAAUAUAUUUUAAUAAGAAC